UGUCCUUUCGAUCUGCAAUGGCGGUCGCGUCUAGUUCCGACAUCACCGGAGAGAAACAGGCAUUCAAAAUCCGAAGGCUAGAGAUCUCCGACAAGAGAAAGGGAUUCAUGGAGCUUCUCGGUCAACUCACCGUCACAGGAUCAGUCACGGACGACGAAUUCGAUCAGCGUUUCAAGGAGAUCAGCUCCCACGGAGACGACCAUUUGAUCUGCGUCAUCGAAGACGAGCCGUCAGGUAGAAUCGCGGCGACGGGGAGCGUGAUGAUAGAGAAGAAGUUCCUGAGAAACUGCGGCAAAGUCGGGCACAUCGAGGACGUCGCCGUGGAUUCAGAGUUCCGCGGGAAACGUCUCGGGAAGCGAGUGGUUGAGUUUCUAACGGAUCAUUGUCGAGCCAUGGGUUGCUACAAGGUGAUUCUUGAUUGUGGCGUGGAGAAGAAAGAGUUCUACGAGAAAUGUGGGUUGGUUAAUAAAGGGAUUCAGAUGUCAAAGUACUUUUGAUUGAAUCUUUGUUUUCUUGUCCUAAUGUCUGAAACUAAAUGAGAAACAUAGUUUGGUAAUAGAAAAGGUUUACACUUUGAGAA